AUGAAUGCACAAGUGGUGUUGUUUGCAUCAAUAGUGUUUUUGUCGUCACUGGUUGUUUGCUUGAGCCCAAGAGCCGUCACCUCGCUAGGAGUGGUCAAGAAGGUGUUUCCCUUUCUAACUUUGGCAACGGCAGGAUUUCUUCUUGGCGUCCAGCUUCUGGAGCUCAGCCCGCACAUGAUUUCUGACUGCCAUGGCCACAAAGAGCACGGCCAUAACCACAGCCACCAUCACUCGGACGAGUCUCCCAUGCUUGGGUUCUUCGUUGCUGGACUCUCCUUUAUCUUCCUCCUAGCCAUUGACACCAUCGUUCUGAAGCACAAGCACUGUGAGGAAAGCGAGAACAAGGAACACUCCCAUAGCGGUGGGUGCCGGGAAGGCGAUCCCCACCGGCAAGUAGAGGUGGCGGGAAACGGUCGUAUUCCCGAGAUAUCCCAGAAGACCCCAAGCGUCCGAACCUCCGAGAAGAAGACAGAGAGACUGGGAUGCUGUGACCCCAGCAUUAUAAAAAACACAUCCUCAAAGACGCAAGUGUUCAUAUAUAUCCUGGGGAUUUCCAUCCACUCGUUUUUCGAAGGACUAGCGUUCAACUCGAUCGACAAGAUAGGCUCCUUGGAAACGGGUCUUAUUCUCCACAAGAUCCUCGAGUCCUUUGCACUUGGAGUUCCCCUGUUCACCUCUGGAUUCAACUUUGCCAGCGGUCUAGCCCUUGCUGUAUUCUACUCGUCCCUCACCCCCAUUGGGAUCAUGAUAGGGUCUGCCCCUGGAUUUUUCAACCAGACCGUCAAGAAUAUCUUCAAGGGGCUUGCACUGGGAAGCAUAAUGUUCAUGGUGUCCAUUGAGAUGAUUCCGCCGAUGUUCAAUCAUCCGAAGGUGAGUCGGGUCCAUGGGAUAUUGACUCUCCUGAUAGGCUAUCUGGUCAGUGCAAUGGUGAUUUAUCACUCCCAUCCACACUGA